UUUGAACCAAAAACAGCUUUAAGAAAUUUUACCAAACACCAUACUCUUGUCCCAAAAGCAGAAGUAGCCUGUAACCCCAAAAAAAGAAGAAGCAGAAGUAACCCCAAAAGCAGCUCAAGAAUCAAUCCCAAACUAAGCCUUACAUACCUAAAUCUGCUACCACCCCUGGAUCCGUUUCCAGGAUGACGCGACCGGAAUCUAAAACACAGCUCAUUUAGGCAGCUCAACAUAUUGGGAGUCAUCUAACACAGUAAUUCAAUUUUGAUGUAGCCCAUCCGGCUAAUGUCAACUCUCGACCCUCGAGAGUGAACGUGGGAGGCAAGUUCAAAGAAGAUGCAGUCGCCACCAACAACACCAUCGAAACGCAAUACCAGUCCUUCCCUUUUCUUCCGGUGCUUAGACCUCGUCCUUCCAUGGCUAACCCCACAAGAGCUGGCCAUGGCAUCUCUGACCUGCACCACCCUCUGCAACCUCUCCAAGUCCAUCACUCUCCGCCGCGCCUCCGACGCUUCCAGAUCCCUCGAGCCCCAUCCCAUCCCAUUCCGUAACUCACUCGAUCAACACCCUUAUGCCUACUUCAUCUACACCCCUUCCUCUCUAACCCCAUCAUCUUCUUCUUCUUCACUGCUUCGCCAACCGUGGGGUUCCAGUCACUACGAGUCAGACUCGGACACCAGAACUGAAACGUCGUCGUUGCGUUUUGUUGACGAAUCGGGAAACUGUGCGUCGUCUGGGUGUGAAUGUGCAGAGACAUGUGAGGAUGGGAAAGAGGGGUGUCCGUGUGUUGUCGGCUUUGCUGGCUUCGACGGCGUCGUUUUCGAGUGUGGACCCAGUUGUGGAUGCCGGUUAAGUUGUGGGAAUCGGUUGACUCAGACCGGGAUUCAGGUUAAGUUGAAGAUUGUGAGGGACAGAAGAAAAGGGUGGGGUUUGUAUGCCGACCAGUUCAUCCCAAAGGGUCGGUUUGUGUGCGAGUAUGCAGGUGAACUAUUGACAACAAAGGAAUCAAGACUGCGGCAAGAAAUGUAUGAUGAACUUUCGUCCGGUGGUCAUUUCUCCCCUGCUCUUUUGGUUGUGAGGGAGCAUCUUCCAUCCAAAAAGGCAUGUCUGAGACUCAAUAUUGAUGCCACAAGAAUCGGAAAUGUCUCAAGGUUCAUCAACCAUUCUUGCGACGGAGGUAAUUUGUCCACAGCUCUUGUUAGAAGCUCAGGGGCUUUGCUUCCACGUCUUUGCUUUUUUGCUUCAGAUGACAUAAAAGUGGAUGAAGAGCUUACAUUUAGCUAUGGUGAAACUAGGCUGAACUCCAAGGGUUUGCGGUGUUUUUGUGCAAGCUCUUGCUGUGUUGGUAUAUUACCUUCGGAGCAGACUUAAUUGUUGCUCUGGCCUGUAGCUCCAAAGAAGGUUGAAUUCUUUGAAGUAUAUAAAGGAGAGGAAGAACCACUGGCGUCUCAUAUAGGAUUCUGCAAUGAGCCAUAACUAUGAAGAGGGAGAGGAAUAAGAAAGAGAAGAAAAUGCCAUCAUGAAAUUGUAAUACAUUUGUUUUAGUGAAAUCUGUUUAACCUGCAAUAUAGGAAUGCAGAUACAAAUUUUGUGAUAUGAGUGGACCAUUUCUCACGUACUCUUGCUUAGUAAAACAGCGUAAUUGAAGGAAGAGAUAUCUAGAAGUUGCAGGAGCUCUAUUAUUGAGACAUCUAGUCAGUCAGUCAGGGAAGGGCUUCAACUACUCAUUCCUACUGUCCAAAAAUUGCUGGCACAUUUCUGUCUUCUAUAGGCUUACCGAUUCAAAAUGAUUAAUUGGUAAUCGGAUGGUACAUUCAUAUAAUGGCUCAUCAUGGCGCCAAUUCUCAUUUGAAGAGUAAUCUGAGUCCCUCUCUGUCUGGCCAUCAGUGAGGAACUUCUAGAAGUUGCAUUUGUGUCUUUA